UUGCUAUAAUGAGGUACACCCUAACGGUUGUGGCCCUGCUGGCCUUAGUGGUUUUCACCACAGCCUUUGAAGAAUCCAAGGAUGAACCGGCCUUUGUGAAAACUCUCAAGAAAUUACAAAGAGGUCCUCCCUCCACCGGCUUAAUGGAGAGCCGAGCUGUUGUGACUGAAUGGAUUACUCAAAAAUUGGAUCAUUUCGAUGAAAAUGAAGAACGCACUUGGGAGAUGCGUUAUAUGGUCAAUGAUGAAUACUUCGAGGAAGGUGGUCCCAUGUUUAUUUAUUUGGGAGGAGAAUGGGCCAUUAGUCCUGGCAGCAUCUCUUCAGGUAUUUUUGUGGAUUUGGCCAAGGAGCACAAAGGCAUACUCUUCUAUACCGAACAUCGUUACUAUGGACAAAGUAAACCCACCAGCAACAUUCAAGUGGAGAACCUUAAGUAUUUGCAUGUCAAACAGGCUUUGGCCGAUGUGGCCCAUUUCAUCAAGCACAAACGUGAAACUGUACCGGCUUUGGCCAAUUCCAAGGUUAUUAUGUCAGGAGGAUCUUACUCGGCCACUAUGGUGGUGUGGUUCAAAAAACUCUACCCUGAACUCUUAAAUGGUGGCUGGGCUUCCUCAGCUCCCAUUUUGGCCAAGGUUAAUUUCUUGGAAUACAAAGAAGUUGUAGGUCGUGCCCUACGAGAAUUGGGCUCGGAGCAGUGCUAUAAUCGCGUCAACAAUGGCAUAACCGAAUUGGAAGAAAUGUUUGCCAACAAACGUUCUGCCGAGGCCAAGGCUAUGUUGAAAUUGUGCAAUAAUUUCAAUCAUAACAAUGAUUUGGAUAUUUGGUCUCUAUUCGGUUCGAUUUCAAAUAUUUUUGCUGGCAUUGUUCAAUAUCAAAAAGAAGGAGAUGUACCCUUUUAUUGUAAUUACAUAAUGUCUUUUGAGGAUGAUUUGACGGCCAUAACCUCAUUCUGGCUGUUUGCUUUGGGUAAUCCCAACGGCUGUGUGGAUGUUACCUACAAAGGUACUCUGGAAUACUAUUUGGACUCUAGCUAUGCCAUGGGAGCCUCUCGUCCUUGGUAUUUCCAAACCUGUAAUGAGUAUGGCUGGUAUCAGAGCUCUUCCUCCCCCAAUCAACCUUUUGGCAAAAGUUUUCCCCACACUCUCUACACCACCCUGUGCGGCGAUGUCUUUGGCAAGACAUACACCAAUGAGCAGAUCCACAAAUUGGCCGAUGAAACCAAUCAAUCUUUCGGUGGCAUGAAUCCCGAGGUGGAAAAUAUUUACAUGACUCAUGGUGGCUUGGAUCCCUGGAAUCCCAUGGGACAUGGCGUGGAACAGGGGGCUUCGGUAAUACCUCGUGCCUCGCAUUGUGCCGAUUUUGGAUCUAUUAGCAAUGCUGAUAGUCCUGAAAUGCGUGAAUCCAAAGAACGUUUGGUGGAAUUGGUACGCGAAUGGUUGGCAUAAAUUAAAUUUCUCAUGUAUGGCGAUCGGAUUGGCAAGCGUUAAAUUUGAAGUGUACCUGAUAAGAAAAGUAUGGUUUACGAUUAUCGCCAAAUUGACAAAUAGCCAAUAAAAGUGAC